UGGGGGCUGCUGGAACGGCUGCUCAAGAAAGAGAAACAUUUGACUCUUAGCUAUGUGGCUUUUUCCAUCAACAACGCCUUGGUGUGGAUUUCUAUCGGCACCUAAAUGUUACCGACGUGUUAAAGGAUUUUUAAAGCCUUAUGCACAAACAAGCAGCCGGAGACGCGCCUCAGAAACCUGUCUUUCAUACGAGGACAUCAGAAGUUUUAUAUCAGAGAACACGGAGGUAGUCGCGGGAGGGAGCCUGACGCCUGAGAUAAAGCUGAGAUUGUUUACUCCCAACUGCAGGUUCUGGAGAGAACGACCAGAACUCUGGCCUUUCAGCGACCCGUACUGGGCAAUUUAUUGGCCAGGAGGACAGGCGCUGUCAAGGUACAUCCUGGACAACCCUGAUGUUUGUCGGGAUGGAUCCGUGCUGGAUCUGGGGAGCGGCUGUGGAGCCUCAUCCAUCGCUGCUAAACUCUGUGGUGCUGUUCAUGUGGUGGCCAAUGAUAUCGACCCCGUUGCAGCUGUUGUGACCAAGUUGAAUUGUGAACUGAACAAAGUGGAGCCACCAGAUUGCGUGACAGACGACAUAAUUGGUUCGGAUCGGGCCGGCUUUGACUUGAUCCUCCUGGGCGACAUGUUCUAUGACGAAACGCUCUCGGACGGCCUUCAUAAAUGGCUGGACCGCUGCAUCAAAAGCCAUGGCUCCAAAGUCCUAAUUGGGGAUCCUGGGAGAGCCCAUUUUGAGGGACAUGACAUCCGGAAGCUCCUGCAUCAUGUAGCCCAGUUUGAGUUGCCUGAGAGUGUUAGGCAGGAGAACUACGGCCUCACAUCCAGCCAUGUUUGGUGCUAUCAUAGCAAGCUCUGAGUGUCGAAACGGUUUCUGUUUGACUGAAAAACUUAUUUAUUUGACACUCAUUUGGAUACCUCUACAUUUUUGCAACGGUGUGUCACAAAUGUGAGGAAAAGGGGAAUCAAGAUGUUUACAAAAGAUCUUGUAAACAUCUGCAAACUGGAAACAACUCUGAAAUGUUCAUGCUAAAUGGUAAAAUAGCCUGCACUUGUAUAGCACUUUAUCUAGUCCAGAGGAUCCCAAAGCACUUCACACACAUUUUCACACACUGAUGGUGGCAAGGUCUGUUUGGUCUGACAGAACCACCACUGGGCCCUCUGAUCACCACCAGGGGACAAUGUGGGUGAAGUGUCUUGCCCAAGGACACAACGACAGAAGUGGACGGAGCAGGACUCGGACAGGCAACUCACUUAUUGCAAGACGAGCUCCUACCAACUUUGUGUUGGGACAUAAUUAUGCAUGUCAGGUUCAAACAACCUAAAACAUUUUAACACCACGCAAAAAGGAGAAAGACAAGAGAGUUUUAGCUUUACUUGCUGCAAGGAGAACGGACAGGAGCCUGCCUCAGUUACAAUCUCCCACUCGCUCUGAAGCACGUUCUUCCAUACCCUCUCUUUUUAUUUUCUUAGGGGCAGUCCCUAGUUACAUAGCUUAUUUGGUUAGCUUGAGUUAAUCACAUAGCAUUGUUAUUUCUUCUGUUAUCUUGAGCUAAUUAUGUAGCGUUGCUACUUCUUCUGUUCUUUUUAAUUGAAUCACAGGCGUGUCGCACCUACAGGCUGACGUAGUGCAGAGUGCUGCUCCUGUUUGCUUCCUUCUGUAGCUACAAUGCAGAAACUAAUGAAAUCACAUAACAAUGUGAUUUUGUUGUGCAAUGUUGUUGCACAACAAAACAGCUUCACACAACACAGCAAAUAUAAGAUAACACAUACUAAAUAUUUCUAACAAUGCAGUUCAAGUCACAUCGACACCUGGACUUGUUUUUGUUACCACAUAUCUGGAACAAAGUUUCAGAAAACUGCAAAACAGAUGAAACUUCCAAAAUCAAGGCUAAAACCCCUCUUUUUUUAGAGCAACCUUAAUGUGUCCUUUCCUCUUUUUAUUUUAUUUUGAUAGAAACUGUGGAGUACUCACUUUUAACCCAGAAAAGGAAUUAGAACAAACUUGGAAUCCAGAGACUGUUAGUCACUCUUUAGCUUAUUUUUUAGAAACUGUAGAGUACUCAGCAUUUAGACCAAUAUUAUACAUCUUAGAUUAAUUUUUAGGUUAUUAUGCAGAGAGACUCUUAUUAUUGCAACUCAGAAAAGGAAUUAGAACAAACUUAGAAUCCAAAAAAAAAAUAAAAAAUUCUUCCAGAACAGGAACAAUUAGUUUUUAUUUUUACUUAAAAACUGCGGAGAACUCCAGAGAAUACUUAUACUUACUAUGGAGGAAAUACACAAGACUCGGAAUUCCUUCUGCUCAUAGUCAAAUGGGAAGAGAUUUUAAUGCACAUCUGUGGAACCAAAACCUCACAUUCACAUCGUUACAGAAAUCCAAAAUCUCUUGUCUUGAGCUCUGGCCCGGUUCCUUUGCUGGUGAGCAGGGGAAGGAAUGGUUGCCAGAACUUUCUGCACAACAGCUUAAACUAACAACUUUCCUCUCUUUAGUGAUUCUUAUUCCACAUCUCUCCAAAUCUGAAUUCCUUCCUGACUUCUAGGUCAGAUUGACCCAGUCCAUUUGACACAAUACAUUUCUUUUAGGUAAAAAAAAAAAAAAAAAAGUACACUACAUUUUACAGUAAGUAUCUGUACUUUCUACUUACUACAUUUCUACAAAACCGUCCCGUUACUCGUUACAUCCAAGUCGCAUUGCGCUUUUUUUCCCAUUAAAAUAUGAAGUUCAGGGACUUAACAAGGCGCUGUAAAUCCAAGCAAUAACGUGACCUACUAAUUACUGUCGUCACCCAUCGCCUCCUCCUUUCAGUCGCACGCGUCAUUGCUUUAAGAAAAAAAAAAAAAGAAAUAAUUAAUACAAUGUUGCAGGGAAAUAUGUUUAAUCUGAAUAGUUAAAUGAAGUUUAGAUGACACCCCCAGGCCCUCAUUGACUGAGCUUUAUCCAAAAGGAUUGGUCUGUAGGAUACUUAUGUUUAUAAGAAGAUACCUCUUUGCUGUGUCUUUGUAUGCAAGGAAUCCCAUGCACUCUUGUGAGAAAGUGCAGCUGCUGAGAGGAGUACAGGAAAGCUAUGUGUGAGAGAGAUGGGGGAUGGGAAUGGGUCUGAAAAAUGAGCCGGUAUUUAGACAAACUGCUCUGAAAAUUUGUAUCUGAAACAGCCUUCACCCUAUCAGGUCGGGACACAUGUUGCAUUCCACAGGUUUCCCUCCUGAGUGGGUGGAUGGUAACUCGACUGAAGCGAGGAAGCUUGCAGGAAAAUAGGAAACGGUCAGCAGAUGGUCACUGGCAAAGUUAAAGGCUCUUGUGGAACAAUUGUGCUGACUGGAUGGAGAAACUAAGAUCAUGUUUCUCUAUGCAGCAAAGAGGAGUUUUCACAAACCAGAGAUGAAUUUGCCCAAGAAAUAUUCAAUGAAAUAAGCAUGACAUCAAGAACUGACCAAUGAAGCACAUCUGUAGGAGAAGAAAUAAUAAAAGAAGUGGAAAGGAAGGAAGAAUAGUUGUUUCCUUGAAGCAAACAUGAUCAGAGGCAAAGAACGCUGCAGAUGUAGAAAGAAAUCUGGGACAACGGGCAGACUGCAGGCUGCCUUCCAAAGGGAGUCAACAUGUGCGCCUUCAGAUUGGGUAUCUCUCAUCAACCAUAACUAUAGUUACCUAUUCUCAAGGCUAUUUUUAUUGCGUGCCUGAACACUUUAUAUCUCAAGUGUUGAAACAGGCAACACUUGGGUGAAUGCAUUACAUUGGUAAUAAUACAUUCAUACAUUUGAUAUCAUCUUCCAAGGUCAUUGUCAAAAUCACAUUGUUUAACAUGCAAUCAUUAGCUUCUCUGAUUUUGCUAAGAAAUCAUUGACUUUAAUUAUAACCAUUAUAUUUACAUUUUCAUUUAAUACAGGCAUAUUUCUGUAAAAGAAAAUUGCAAUUACAUAUUUUAAGAAUAUAAUUCUAACAUGUAUGAGCAUAACACACAAACUGUAUUCAGAAAGAACCCAGACUGGAAUUUGAACCCAAGAAAACAGCUUGCAAAAGAUUCACUUCCUGUCCAUACAUGACAGCAGAAAAAUCAUGGUGAUAAGUUAUUCACGUCACCUGAGUGGACAUAAUGUUAUAGUGCAGGGGCGCCCAAAGUCGGUCCUCAAGGGCGGGCCUCCUGCAUGUUCUUACUUUUCUCCCUGAUGGUAGUAAAAACCUCUUCAGCAUGUUCUUCAAUGUUGUCCUUAGGCCUCUAAUGAACCGUCAUUGGAUCCAGGUGCGUUAAACCAGAGCACCCCUGUUAUAGUGGACUCUUGUCACAUUAAUCCUACAGCUCUGGAUUAAUUUGUUUGAUUCGUUGCUUGUUUGUUUUU